AUGCCGACGAUAUUACUACCCGCAUCUGCUGCGGCCUUUGCGCCGCGGUCGACUUGCAAUGUCGUUCUGAACAACAAGGUCGAGCCCUGGCUAACCGCCACCCUCAAGAGGAUCAACAAAAUCAAACGACCUCUCAACAGUGUGCCUCAACAUACACGAUGUCUUACAGAGACCCUCUCAUCUACCAACGCCAUUUGGUCUUUGUGUUCGUUGAUGUUGCCCAAGGCCCCCGAGACUGAGCUACGGAAGGAUUCCAACCCGCUGGUCGAGGCUUUGUUCAACUACCAAUUGGUCCAUGUCGAAGCUUAUGUCGUCCAUAUCGACAUGGUCUCCCAGAAUGAGGUCGCUUUCAAGCUGACAACAGACACUAUUGAUUCGCUGGUCGAAUAUCAUAAAGAAGUCUUCUCCGUCGAUACUGCCGCCAAGACCUGGACUUGGUCCGAGAAGGAACAACAGCUGAAGAAGUUACAGGAGGAGUUUGUGCAGGCCGCCAAUAAAUUCGUCUACCGGACCGGUGCUCUGGCACUGGAAGGUAUGGAGGAGGAUGGGGCAGGAGAACUCCUAUCUGGUCGAAGUGAUGAAGUUCGCCAGGCCAUCAUGGGUCUCUACGUCCCUCUUCUCCCUCCACCUCCCAGGGUUGUCGAUGUCAUCCGCCCCACCCCUCUUCUACCGAGCUCGACUGGUGCUGAGCACUGGUGGCCAUCGCAACAUCUCCAAGCCAUUCAACCCGCACCCGUGGAUGCAUGGAAAAUCAUCCCCUCAAGCCCUAGCCCGGUCUCGUCCUGUGACUCUCACCAGAACAUCUGGACGAGUGUGGGUAUGAACGAGGUUCAAUUGCCAUCACCCACUCCCUCCUUCAGCCAGCCUUUCUCCUCGGCAGCCUACAGUGCUCCUCAAUAUUACAGUGCACCAGCUUACAACGCCCCGACCUACACCUCCCCGGCCUACAGUUCCCCGGCCUACAGCUCACCGGUAUACAGCGCACCUGUGACAACAUCUUCAUAUCCUUCCCUUCCUCUCCCGAGCAUGCUUGCCCAACAGCCAUGCAGUACAUCUGUCAGCACAUUCGGUUGGGAUCGAUACCAGGAAUAUACAAUGCCUUAUGCCACGGCUAUGUAA